AUCAGAUGCAUUUUUUAUAUCUUUCCCUGGGCGCCUUAAUGGUUUUAAGUGCCUUCACACAUGGCAUGCAAAAGAAAAAACCUUCAUAUAGUUUCCAACCCGUGCCAAGACAGAAUAAUGCAGAAAUACCAUAUCAAUGGAAUGUUUUGGAUUAUAAUUUUCCCAACAAUCUGGCCAGACAAGAAGCUGAGGCUAGUGGUAAUCUAAUACCAAGUAAUGCUAUACCCAUAGAUGUACAACCUCAUUAUUAUAAUAAAAAUCGUUUAAGAACAUUUGUGACUAUACCAAAAUUCCAAGAUGGCAUACCUUAUACAUUGGCCACGGUUUCGGAUAAAAAGGGACCUAAUGGUCCCAUAUUGGAGCCUUAUCCUAAUUAUGAAUCGCAUAAUAAUAAAAAUGGUAAAAAUUGUGAUGCGAUAACGUCAGCUUUUCGUGUGGCGAUCACCGAAUGCAAUCAAAUGUGGGUAAUUGAUGCCGGUAUGGUUGGUGCAGAAGCUCAAUGUGCUCCUCAAUUGCUGUUGUUCGAUUUGAAUACCGAUCAACUUAUACAUCGUUAUCGCUUCAACUCCUCUCUGUAUGUAUCGGGGGCCUCUCUGUUUGUCACCCCCAUAGUGGAUGUUAAAGAUCCUCCCCCAAGAGGCAGCUGUAGACGAGCCAUGGUCUAUGUAGCCGAUGUGAAUUAUCAUGGUUUGGUAGUCUAUGAUUACAUGCAAAAUAAUGCCUGGCGUAUUGAGAAUUUGUUCAUGUAUCCUGAUCCAAAUUACGGUUCCCACUCUGUGGCCGGUGAAAGUUUCAUUCUAAUGGAUGGUAUUAUUGGCAUGGCAGCAGAUAAACAAAAUUUAUAUUUCCAUCCCAUGGCCAGCAUAACAGAGUAUGCUGUGCCCCUAAGGGUAAUCGAUAAUGGAACCCUAUUUGAGCAUGAUAUGGAGGCUAUGCACGAGACAUUUAGACCUCUGGGUAAACGCAGCAGUGAGUGUGCUGCAUCCGCUAUGGAUGGCAAUAACAAUAUGUAUUGUGUCACCUUUAAUCCCAUCGAAUUGAUAAUGUGGAAUGUCAAUACACCCUAUGACAGCAAGAAUAUCAAAAAGUUACCCAUUAGUUCGGAGGAAUUGCAGUUUGUUAGUGGCAUGAAGGUGGUGAGAAAUCAUCAGGGCAAUGAAGAGUUAUGGAUGCUGUCAAAUAGAUUCCAAAAAAUGGCUGCUGGUACUCAAAAUUUCAAUGAAGUCAAUUUCCGCAUUGUGGUACGUCCUUUAGUGGUUGUUACACCCGUGACACCUAAUCAGGAUUUACACAAUAAAUUGGUUUUCAAAAGUUGAGCACAAUUAUGAGUGCGAUAAAAUUAGUUCGUUAUUGUUUUAGUAUAAGUUUUUAAUUUCCAGAAUUUAAUUUAACCAAGU